AACAGUUCUGCGACGGACGAACUCUCUCGCGACUUGUUGUCCAUCCCGCCAUCUCUCCAUCCCCCAAAUCCUUCUGACGCCAUGGUUGAUCGUCGCUCGGAUUCUGAGAACGGUUCGCGUGCUAAGCGUCAAAAAAUGGCCAAGACUGAGACAGAUCCCAAGAACAACCCGUACCUGGCUCACAUGUAUCCCGACAAUGGCGGUGCGGACCUUCACCCGGCCUUUGGCAAGAUGAAGCGCCAUCAGACGACUGCUGCUCUGGCUAAGGAGGUCGAGGAUGGCGAGAUCAACCCUUUCAACGACCAGCCAUUCUCCAGCAAAUAUGUCUCCAUCUUACAGACCCGUCGCGAUCUCCCCGUCCAUGCCCAAAGAGAUGAAUUUCUACAGCUUUACCAGAAGUCGCAAAUCCUCGUCUUCGUCGGUGAGACGGGUUCCGGAAAGACGACGCAGAUCCCUCAGUUCGUGCUCUUCGAUGAUCAGCCGCAGACUCAGCGCAAGAUGGUUGCUUGUACUCAACCCCGUCGUGUCGCUGCUAUGUCCGUCGCCCAGCGUGUCGCUGCAGAGUUGGAUGUCAAGCUUGGAGAGGAAGUCGGUUACAGCAUUCGUUUUGAAGAUAUGACUAGUUCCAAGACGGUGCUCAAGUACAUGACGGACGGUAUGCUUCUGAGAGAAGCCAUGCACGACCACGAUCUCACCCGUUACAGCACCAUCAUUUUGGACGAGGCUCACGAAAGAACCAUGGCUACCGAUGUUCUUAUGGGUCUUCUGAAGGAGGUUGUCGUGCGCCGACCCGACCUCAAGAUCAUUAUCAUGUCCGCCACUUUGGAUGCGCAGAAGUUCCAGCGUUAUUUCAACGAUGCCCCCCUCCUUGCUGUUCCUGGUCGUACCCACCCCGUCGAGAUCUUCUAUACCCCCGAGCCUGAGCAGGACUAUGUUGAAGCCGCCAUUCGGACUGUUCUUCAGAUUCACGCUACUGAAGACGAGGGUGAUAUCCUGCUCUUUUUGACGGGUGAGGAAGAAAUUGAAGACGCCUCUCGAAAGAUUUCUUUGGAGGCGGACGAGAUGAUGCGCGAGGCAGACGCCGGGCCGAUCAAGGUCUAUCCUCUCUAUGGUAGUCUUCCUCCUCAUAUGCAACAGCGCAUCUUCGAGCCGGCACCACCUGCUCGUCGUCCGGGUGGCCGUCCCGGUAGAAAAGUCAUUGUGUCCACGAACAUCGCCGAAACGUCGCUUACCAUCGACGGUAUUGUCUACGUGGUCGACCCUGGUUUCUCAAAGCAAAAGAUCUACAACCCCCGUAUUCGUGUCGAGUCCCUCCUGGUCUCUCCGAUCUCCAAGGCUUCCGCCCAACAGAGAGCUGGUCGUGCUGGUCGUACCCGUCCCGGAAAGUGUUUCCGUCUCUAUACAGAAGGCGCCUUCAAGAAGGAACUGAUCGACCAGACCUAUCCCGAGAUUCUGCGAUCCAACCUCUCUUCGACAGUGCUGGAGCUUAAGAAACUUGGCAUCGACGAUCUCGUCCACUUCGACUUGAUGGAUCCCCCGGCCCCCGAGACCCUGAUGAGAGCCUUGGAGGAACUCAACUACCUUGCGUGUCUCGACGACGAUGGAAACCUGACCCAGCUGGGCCGCCUCGCAUCCGAGUUCCCUCUCGACCCCUCCCUUGCCGUCAUGCUUAUCAGCUCCCCCGAAUUCUACUGCUCGAACGAGAUCCUCUCGAUCACGGCCCUCCUUUCCGUGCCCAACGUGUUCGUCCGCCCGGCCUCUCAAAGGAAGCGCGCAGACGAGAUGAAAGACCUAUUCUCCCACCCCGACGGUGACCACCUGACCCUCCUCAACGUCUACCACGCCUUCAAGAGCCCCGAAGCCCAGGACAACCUCAAGCAAUGGUGCCACGACCACUUCCUCUCCCUCCGGUCGCUGCAGUCGGCCGACAACGUCCGCAUGCAGCUCCUGCGCAUCAUGGAACGCGAGGAGCUCGAGAUGAUCUCCACGCCCUUUGAGGACAAGAAGUACUACGAGAACAUCCGCCGCGCGCUGUGCGCCGGUUUCUUCAUGCAGGUCGCCAAGAAGGAGAGCCAGGGCAAGAGCAUGUACAUGACCAUCAAGGACCACCAGAACGUCCUGCUCCACCCUUCGACGGUGCUCGGCCACGAGGCUGAGUGGGUCCUGUACAAUGAGUUCGUGCUCACCACCAAGAACUACAUCCGUACCGUGACCGCUGUCAAGCCCGAGUGGCUUAUUGACAUCGCCCCGACCUACUACGACAUUUCCACUUUCGCCAAGGGCGACAUCCGUUCCUCGCUCCUCCGCGCCGCCGAGCGACUCUCGCGUCGUGAGAAGAUCCGUGCGGAAAAGAGACGAUAGAUGGGAUAGCAUAUUUUGUCGCGUUGCUUUUUACCAUUCUCAUGAAAUAUAAUAGACAUUUUUUUUCUCUUUGAAACAUGAUAUCAUACAUCUCCAAGUCCCACGAGCAAAUAUGACUUGAGCACAGGACGUUCCAU